AAUGUGUUGGCCACCCCACUGGCUCUAUCUGCCCCCUAUGAAUUAUUUCUGGGGGCGCCACUGUCCCACGAUUUCUGCCCGCACGAGUCCUUCAGGUAAACUUCUAUCCAAUCAGCAGUCAAGCAUGCAACUUGCGCAGGCGUCACAGGAGAAAGAGAGCGGGUAUUUUUAGAAUAACGCCUUGCGAGACGGUGUCGACAAAGUUUUUAUCAGGAUGUGCUUUUAAAAUCAAGAUUCAGAAAAGUGAGCGACUCGUUGGCGCGUGAUGGGUGUAGAGGGAGGUCUGGGACUCGGAGGAGAGUGACCAAAAAUCGCCUGUUCAGAUGGAGGCAGACGCGAGGUUGGAGUCAAGUUUGUGGGUCGGGAGUAAGAGAUACCUGGCUCUCCUUACAGGCUGGCACUUCAGCUGGACCGAGGCUGACAAGAAGGGUCGUCACAGGAACACAGUUUCAGUACCUGUGGCUGAGGUGAUUGGAGUGCAGGAGGGCCGGGUGGAGAUCCUGCCCCACAAGUCUGUGGAGGACACAGACAAAGUUUUUACUGUUUUCUACGUGAAGCGGAGCAGAGGCUGGGGCACCGAUGGGUUGCUAUGGAGUCUGGGCCGAAUCCAGUUCAGCUGCCCCAGUCGGGUCCUAAAAACCAUGUGGACAGAUGCCCUCACAACUGCUGUCAAAACACACAGUCCUUUGCGACCACAAAGGUUGUUGGUCUUCAUCAACCCGUAUGGAGGAAAGAAAAAGGGAAGAGAGAUCUACCAUUCUCUGGUAGCCCCUCUGUUUGAGCUGGCUGGAAUCAGCUCCCACGUUAUAGUAACAGAACGGGCAAACCAGGCCAGAGAUCACCUCCUCAAGAAGCAUCUAACAGGCUUUGAUGGCGUGGUGUGUGUCGGUGGGGAUGGCAUGUUUAGUGAAAUACUCCACGGUGUGAUUGGGCGGACACAACAAGAGGCAGGUGUUUGUGAGAAUAACCCCGCCGCCACUCUCAAGCCAUGUCCCCUUCACAUCGGCAUCAUCCCUGCAGGCUCUACAGACUGUGUGUGCCAUGCCACAGGAGGAGUGACUGACCCUGUUACUUCAGCCUUGCACAUUAUCAUUGGAGACUCUCAGCCUUUAGACGUGUGCUCAGUUCAUUAUGGCUCUGGUCUGGUACGCUAUUCGGUGUCUCUGGUGGGCUACGGCUUCUACGGAGAUGUACUGGCUGAGAGUGAAAAGCACCGCUGGAUGGGACCGUUAAGAUAUGACUAUUCAGGUGCAUUAGUGUAUCUGAGCAACAGGAGCUACUCAGGCACAGUUCAGUAUCUACCAGCAGACCCACUGCUCUCCAGCCCCAGAGACAAAACGCGCUGCCUCUCAGGGUGUGGUGUGUGCGCCAAAAGCACAGAAAGACUUUUUCCCAAUUCUUCCGAUUCGGGCUCUUUGUACAGCUCCUUCACUGAACAGCUCAGCACCGAAUCAGAAGAUGAGUGGGUGAGUGUGGAGGGCAGGUUCAAGGCCGUGUCUCUCACCUGCAUGUCCAGCUCAUGUGCUAAAAGUCCUCAGGGCCUCUCACCCUCUGCCCACCUGGCAGAUGGAACAGGAGACCUGAUCCUGGUGUGGGACACUCACCCUCUCAGCUUCCUCAGGUUCCUUCACAGGCACACGAGCACUGAGGACCAGUUUGACCUGCCCUUUGUGGAGGUCCAUCGAGUGAAGGGGUUCCGCUUCUGUCACACAGGAACCAGUGAAGAGGAUUCUCUUAAAGAGUGUGAAAGCCAGGGUGAUGGCACUGAUGGAGAAGUGAGAGCAUACUUAGACUCAGGAGGCAGAAAUGGAUCACAGCAGCACCUGGAACAAGUGUCGAGGAACGAGGAGAAAACGCUGACUCCAUUCAUGUGUGGUUUGUGCUGCAAAAAAGUUCCUUAUGCGUCGGUGUGGAACUGCGAUGGAGAACUUCUGCCUUUUACCGACAUCUCUUGCAAGAUUCAUGGCCAGCUGGUGCGACUGUACGCUCGAGGCAUCGAGGACACGGCUGCCAUCAGCUGCAGUUAGAAGAGGAGCGAACGCAAGAGAACAAAAACUAUGAAUUGUCUGAAUUUUGGAUGAUGAGGAGAAAACUUAAGCCUAAUGAAUGAUGGGUAAAUGCAAAUGUGUAUAUAGUUUUCACAGUAAUAGCAGAAAUGACAUUAUUGUUAAAUAUGUCUGUCUCUGUGUGUGAUUGCUCCUCUUCUGUAAAUUUAUGGUGGCAUUUUUCUGCACAAGGCAUUUUUGCUGCAUCUCCCUGGUGUGAUGCUUCUGGUCCAAUUAUUUUUGUUGUUUUUCUUGACUGCUUUCAGAAAGUAAUGUUAUAAUGGAUGACAACAAAAGGUGCAAAAAGGUGGACAUAAUUUUUAUGUUUUUUGUUUAUUUAUUUAGCAGACGCUUUUAUCCAAAGCGACUUACAAUUUAUAGCCUAUAGGGCAUGUUGUGAUCUGUGGGGGAAACCGGAGUACCCGGAGGAAACCCACGCAUGCAUGGGGAGAACACGCAACUCCAUGCAGAAAGGCCGCAGCCGAGUUUCGAACCUGCAACCUUCGUGCUGCGAGGCAACAGUGCUAACAACUGUGCCACCAUGCAGCCCGAUGAUCUUAUGAUCAACUUGAUUUCACUUUUGAACAAACAAAUGCACCAACUCUUCUUUUGUUGUGUUUUAGCAAGACGGUGUAAACCUGAUUAAAACAAAACAAAGUGAUUAAAAAAUGGUCGUUAGUGCUUAUGGUUAUGUUCCAGCACAAGAAUGGAGUCUCAACACUUCUACUGACACCAAAAAUAGAGGAAAAAAAACAAGCCAAGUGUAAGAGUCCCAGUUAUUUGAACACAUGUUUGCUCUCAGUUUUUCCCAUAACUUUCCGAAGUUCCCGGCAGGAUCCUAGUUAUUGCUGUGAAAUCGCAUUUAAGUGUUUUUACUCCAGCAGGUGUCACACCUGGUGAAGAUAGUGUAAGAAAACAACAUUAAACCAAUGCAUCCAGCUAACAAAAUCAGCUACUUUAACUUUGUUUUUAACUUGUGAAUUGUUGGAGAUCAAUAUGUCAUUAGAGAUAAUUUACUGAUUUGAGAAACUCACCUGGAGGAUGACAUUCAAACCUGCAUUAUUUGUGAAGGUUAACCACACAGGUAUUCUCCCGGGCUAACCAGUUCACCAGGCCCUCCCAGUAUAAGCACUAGUAGUUAUGCGGCUCGUGCUUUGCCUCAUUCUGGUUUGGUAAAGACUUUAAAUAGAAAUUCUGAUUACAGAAAACAAACUUUCAAGUGUUCCUCAGAGAAAAAAGAUCAUUUGUAAAGUCUGAAUGAAACUAAAUUUUCCUGCUCUUAUUUUUCCCUUUUCACUAGAAAAUUAAAGGGAAGGUUCAGAUCUGCUGCAUGGCGGUUUCUCAAAAAAUGUAAUGAAAAUAUGAUUUAAUACCUUUUUUAGAUGUCUCUUUGAAUGGCUUCAGUUUGAAGAAACAGACUAAUUCUGGGUGGAUUGACAAGCUAACGGCUAGUCACAGUGGGCCAUGAUCAAAGUGAAGGGUCUUCAAAACAAACCUGACAUCAAGUGUUUUGUGCAAACCGAUUUAGACCGCCUUAAAUUUUACAUUUCACAAUUACUUACAUUAGAAUAAUAUUAUUUUGAAAAAUUUGGAAAUAAGAUCUAAUUGUAGCAGCCUUUACCUUCAGGUCAGUUUCCUAUAUGAACACAACUGUGUAAAGAUUAAAUAAACAGCUGAUAAUUUAUUAGGGUUACUAUUGUUUUACAAGGACAUUGUCUCUAUCAGAACUAAUCUCCGUUUCUUCAAACUAAGGUUGUUCGAAGAGCUACUCCGAGAAACCCACCUCAGCAGAAACAUUCCCUUUCAAAAUUAAUGAUCCCCUAAAAGGUUUUGGAGGGCUGCGGAUAGAAAUUGCGUCAUUAAAACACUUCAGUUCUAGAUUCAUUUUUGUGAAAUCAGUGGUGAAAUGGUGCUCUUUUGUGUUUAUGCUGAAAAAAUCAAUCUGAUACAACAGUGACUGCAGUAAACUUUAUUCAUUGUAAUUUUUCAGACAAAAAUUUCCAUCUGUGUGUGUGUGUGUGUGUGUGUGUGUGUGUGUGUGUGUGUGUGUGUGUGUGUGUGACAUUGAGCAUUAGGCUGUGUGGGGCUGCACCCACUUGUACGUUCCCUCAUAGCGAAAUCCCACCCUUUUCAUUAGAUCAUCAGCUUCACUCGGGCCACGAC